GAGUAGAACAAGAAGAAGAAGAAGAAGAAGAAGAAGAAGAGGAGGAAACCUGGGGCUUCUUUUCUUCAGAGGCAUUUAACUGGGAGUGUAUGGAGGCUGCAGCCGUGGAAAAUGAAGAUCUCCUCUGUGGUCUUCGCUCUCCUCACUCGAGCUCUGCUUGGAGAUUGGUGUUUGGCCAUUAACGUCACCAUCACCCCUUACCCCUUCACGGUGGCCCAGGAGGGUCAAAACAUCACGCUCUCCUGUGUUGUGUCUCAGCGGAGACGAAACGCCGCUCUACCGGUGGUGAAAUGGACGUUCCUGCCCGAGGGCACGGACCGACCGGAAGACGAACUCCUGAUCGCCCGCGUCAACAUGAGGAAGGCACGCUUCUACGGGAACUACACGAAGAGCUUCACGUGGCCCAAACUGAAGCUGACGGUGGUGAAGCAGGGGAAGAUCUUUGACCUGGUGAUCCUGAACGUGUCCGAGGGGGAUCGAGGACUCUACAUGUGCCGGGUGCAGGAGUUUAAAAAGCACCAGGACCGCUGGAAGGCCUCGUCGAACUGCACCGCCGCUACUGAGCUCAGAGUGCAUGUCCUACCGGCCACCAAAACCAAAGAAAGCCUGUGGAGCUUGUUUGAAGAUGUGUACCUGUGUGCAGUGCUGAUCUGCUCAGUUGGUUUGCUGUGUAUGUGCAUGUUCACGGUGACAGUAACAUGUCAGUACAUACAGAGGAAGCAGAGGUUAAAAGAUAAUUACCUCUUGGUCAAAAGCUCUCAGAACAGCUCAGGAGAGACCGUCACCAGCAUGAUCAAUAUGUCUCCUGCUCUGCCUAAGAAAGAGAGGAGGUACAGAAAGAAGAGAAGCAGAGACUACCAAGAGGAGAUACCUCCAGAGAUACCAGCAAAAGCUCCCAUUGGAGACAAAACACGGAAACCCAAACUUUUAAAACCACAACCAAGAAAAGUAGUCCUGCCGAAGAUAGUGGAGGAGAAUCUGACCUACGCUGAGCUGGAUCUCGUGAAACCAAUUCCUGAACCCAAGGCGUCGUGUAACGGCACUGUUUACGCUCAGAUACUGUUUGGGGAUCAGCAGCUAUGAGACAAACACACACACCACUACUAACUGUGCCUUAUGUAAAAAGCAUUGUCUAUUUAUAGUCUGUAUUAUUUUGUAUUCAAACGGUUUUUGAACGGCAAAAUGUGUCAUGUGUCAAAAUGAUGACGUAAUGUGUACAUAGGAUUUUAUAUGUUCUUUGAUAAUACUUGCUUUUCUGAUUCAAAGGGACAUUUUUUGCAACAAUGUUUGAAUUCUGCGUUGCUUAAACUUGCACAGAUUUAGACCAGAUUUGUCCAUCGUGACAGUCGGAGUGGAGGAUACUCAAAUGUGAACAGAUUAAAUAUUUACUUGUUGAUUUAGUGGGCAGUGUUCCCAGCAUUAUCGGUGUGUUUCUGUGUGUCAGCCUGCAGUUCAUAACGACCACAUCUCCACAGAGUUGAUAUUUAAAUAGCUAUUAGCCCACCGACCUCACCCAGAGUCAAGUACGCAAGACCAUGCGAGCUCUUUCAUCUGGUGCCAACAUCAACUAAACAGGCCGUUAGCGAGAGCGUUGUUUACAUCCGAGGGUGGAGUCACGUGCAGGCGUGAUAUCCAUGUAGACUUACUCCUAAAAAGGCUCAGACUAUACAUUCAAUGUGCUUCAAACUAUGCAGCACCUGAUCUAUAAACAGGGACACACUUUAGAAACUGUGCCUGGACUAUUUCACGUUAAUGUCUACUUCAAAUCUAAAGCUGAUUUCGUUGUUUGAGAUAAGAAUUCAUAUCAGCUGCAGUCUCUCAUGCCUUCAUACGAUCUCCUCUCUUCCUCACUUUCCGUGAAUCUGAGAGUGAAAGUGCUUAGUGCUUCUUUUUCCAUUGAAUGAUCCUUUGGAUUCAGGCAUGGAAAAGCAAAGGAGAGCUUUUUUAACACUGAACUUGAUACCCAGACAUAAAGGCACCCUCCCUUCCCCCAAGACCUCCACUAUCUCACGUGGAAUAAUCCAUGCAUAUGAAGCCCUCCGCAGAUAUAAGUCUCACUUUUCGCUGCAUGCCAUCGGAAGACCACCCUUUACGUCAAACUUUAGCUAAACCAGCUACUUAUCUGGUAACCAAUAUUUAGAGUAGUCAGUCACCAACUAAAAUUAUUUGUCUCUUCAGUAAAACAUUUAAAAAUCAAUUUAUAUGUGGUAUUUUAAGUCAUAUAAACUAUGUUUAAGUAGCUGGGGAUUGUUUGAUGGCCCAUUAUUCUGAAAUGACCAAAAACCGUCCCCACAAUAGCGCCGUCAUGAUCCGCCCUACUCUGGCUCUGAUUGGCUGUUUCUUGUUGUCUUAGUUGGUUGGAUAUAUUUCGGAUCAAUGGCCGGAAUAACAGGCUGUAGGACAAAUGGAAAUUGGACAUUUAAAAAUUGUUAUCGGCCAUCAGAACAACUGCAUGGCACCAGGUAGCUAACAGCUGACAUGUAUUGAUUUACUAAAAAAGUCAGUAUACCAUCACGAAAAGACAGCUCUCUAUAUCUUUGAAAAUGUCAACUAAGUCGAGUUGUUGUUCUCUCAAUCAGCAGUAGAACAAAAGCCUACUUCUAACAUGGCUGCCAACCAGUGGACACCAACAAAUACAGAUUUCUAACUAUUACCGCAAAUGUUUAAAUGUAUUAGCCGCUUUCACACCAAGUACUUUGCCGUACUUAGUUCCCAGCACUUAGUUCCCAG